AUGAGUGUACAAUCAUCGAAUGUUGGUAGCAACUCAUCAGAAGUCGAGGAAACCAGUAGCAAUGCGGGCAAACCGUCUUUCAAAUAUAGUUUUGCUUAUGAACGAGCUACCCUCUAUGAAUACAAGUUUGAACGACAAGCCGAACCCGAUAAAGUUGAUCCAUGUCUCAGGUGCAACAAAACUGUUCCACCUGCGGAUGAUAAAAGGAUUCUUGUCGGAUCUAAUAAGCUUUUCCACAAACAAUGCUUCCGAUGUCGAAUCUGUGGCAUGCCUCUCACACAACAAACCUUUUUCUGUCACCCUAACAGCAAAAACCACAAUAAUGGAAACACAGAUGAUGAGGUAUAUUGCAAAACUCAUGUUGGAAAAAAACCCGGGGAAAUAAAAGGAGCCACAAUUACAGAAAGUAGCGUUAGAGAUGAAAAAAAUGCUUCUCCAAAUUCCAAAUACAUUAUACAGAUUCAAGGCAAAUCACAAAAGUCUGGUUCUCCUGGAUCAUCGAUUUCUGGUAAAAAUAUAAGCCCAGUCUCCAGUGUUUUGGGUACAUCUGUUCAUUCUAUGAAUGGCACUAACAAUUCUUUUACAUCAGUCACGCCUACAUCCUUUGACCAUUCAAGCAUGUACAAUCAAAGUAGUCGGACAUUUCCUCACCCCAAACCUGUGCUCAUCAGUUUUGAAGAAUUUGAAAAAAGUGGUGUGUUUGAAGCUCAAGUUCACUUAGAGCAGCGUCAUAAAGAAGAGGAAGAGCGGCUUCAGCGGUUUCUAUCUGAAGAAAGAGAGAAAGAAAUGCGUAAACUUGACGAGAGUGUUUAUAUCGAAAAAGAACGUGCUGCUGCUGAGCUGUUGGCCAGCAUUGACCAACUCUCUCUACAUCAACCAGGAAGCAAUAUUUCCCAAGAUUUGGCCAACGAGCGGCAAAGAAUUGAGGAACAUUUCCGACGAUUGAGAGAAGACCGCCUUAAAAUAGUCACUGACAAGAUUGCUGGUGAUGAGAAGAUGAGGACUUCAAAAAUGCUUGAAAGACAAAGCCAAGAAAUGAUGUUGCUGAUCGCUGAGAAAGACCGAGAAUUGGAUAACAGUGCCUUAUUUGACCAUUCCAUGAGACCACCAAUACUUCCACCGGAAAUGAAAAAAGUUCAAAUUUAUCGCUCACCAACUGUGUUUAAACAACUUGAUGAACGAGCAAUUGAGAUUGCCAAUCGAGAAUAUAAUAAUUUCACUGACCUUGUACGGGACUUAACAAGAAAUUGUACAACAGAACUUGAAAAAGUCAGAGUUUUAUUUCGUUGGCUUAUUGCAAAAGAUUUAAGCAAAAAUUCUGUAAAACAAAUCCUGCACCCAAAUGCUUCACUCUCUUUACUGAAAGGCGUAAAAAGUGGUAAAGAGAGUUAUCAUCAGGUCUUUAAAAAGUUAUGUAGUUUUGCAGGACUUCACUGUGAAAUUAUAAUUGGUUACUCGAAAGGGGCUGGUUAUAAACCUGGUAUGCGCAUAGAGGGCAAUUCAUUUCGAAAUUCCUGGACUGCUGUUGCUGUUGAUGGUUCUUGGAGAUUUAUAAAUUGUACUUGGGCUGCAAGACAUAUUUCAGGGCAUAAAGAUGACCUGCCUCAAGUUUUUCACACUUAUGAUGAGUUUUACUUUCUAACUGAUCCAGAAGACUACAUUUAUCAACAUUACCCAGACGAGCCUGCAUGGCAAUUAUUAGAAAUCCCACUACCAUUCUCAGAUUUCCUUUUCAUUUUUAUCUGGCCUUCUUACCUGCUCACAUUCUUCUUUUCUUUCUUCUUCAUUUGUUUUGCUGGUGCUACUGGAACAGGCAAAUCAAAACUAGCUCUGGAAUUAGGACGACUGUUUUCUGGUGAAAUAAUCAGUGCCGACUCUAUGCAGAUCUAUAAAGGAUUGGAUAUUAUUACAAAUAAAGUAACUAAAGAAGAGAAAGAACAGUGUCCACACCAUUUGAUAGACUUUGUCAGCCCACUACAUACAAAAUAUACAGUAAUGGAUUUUCAGUCAAUGUGUAUACCUCUUAUUGAUAAACUGUUGAAGCAACAGAAACUUCCAAUUAUUGUUGGUGGAACAAAUUAUUAUAUUGAGGCACUUCUUUGGAAAUUUCUCAUCACACCAGAAGAGAUAGGUCACAUUAAAGAGAACAGUGAUGAUGAAGAUUGUACAGCGCCAAACCCACCAAAAAAGAUGCGUAUUUCCAAUACUAAAGAUAUUGCACAGGAGGAAAAUUCAAAGAAAAAUGCAGAUUCAGUAAAAAAUAGAGAACUUGCAGAUAUCAGAAACUGGGGCUAUGAAGUUGAUGCCCAAAACCUUCAUGACCAGCUCAAGGAGGUGGAUCCAGUCAGUGCUCAGAAAAUCCAUCCUCAUGACCAGCGUAAAAUAAUGAGAGCCUUGGAAGUUUUUGGUAAAUAUGGCAUCCCUAUGAGUCAAAUUCUUAGUGAACAACAUGAAGAAGUUGGUAUGGCAGCUAUAAGUGGUCCAUUACGCUAUCCUAACAGUUGUAUAUUCUGGGUGCAAUGUGAUCAAGAAGUUUUAAACAAGCGUCUUGAUGACCGGGUUGACAAGAUGAUAGAGCAAGGGUUAAUUUCAGAAUUAUUGGAAUUUCACAAAAAUUUCAAUGAAUCAAGAAUUAGAGAAGGAAAAGAAGCUGACUACACAUUGGGAAUAUUUCAAAGUAUUGGAUUCAAAGAAUUUCACAGUUAUUUGAUUUUACCUGAAGAAGAAAGGAAAACAAAUGAAGGAAAAAAACUUUUUGAAGAAUGUGUGGAAAAUUUGAAGAGAAGAACCCGAAGGUAUGCUCGCAAACAAAUACGAUGGCUUAAAAACAGAGUCCUAAAAAGAACUGCUGACAACACUCCUCAUGUUUAUACUGUUGACUCUACAGAACCAUCCAAAUGGCAUGAAGCUGUUCAUCAACCUGCUGUCAAGGUAUUACAAGCCUUAAUCAAGGGAGAAGUUCCAGAUCAGAAACCCCUAGAACUGGUUGAAGAAUCUAAAAAUAAACAUCAAUAUAAUGUUUGUGAUACUUGUGAUGGUUUGAUACUGAUAACAGAAAAAGAUUGGAUAAUGCACACAAAAAGUCGUAAACACAAAAGAAACUGCUCAAGAAAGAAAGCACUAGAAGCCAUUAAAAAAGAAAACUUCUUGAAUGAAAAUGUGAAUAGUAAAGAUAACUCUAGCGAAAUUGUGAAAGAAUAA